AUUUGCUUCAAAAUUUGAUCACUCAUCACUUUGGAGCGUUUUGCUUCUGUUCCUCAGCUUAUUAUGAGACAGGACUGAAGCAGCUUCUGAAACUCUGAAGAAACUGUUUCCAAGUAGCUCAUAGCCUGAUCAAUGAUUUUGGAAGCAUUGGAAGAGUUUAAUGCUGUUACAUAGUGUUCAAAAAGCAAAGUGUUUUGUGUUUUUGUGUGUGUGAAGUUUGAAGUUUAAGUCACAGAAGAAGCUUGUUUUCUUUGUUACUCAUUCUUAAAGAAACAGUGAGGAACAAGAUUGAUAGCUCUAAACAGGAAAAAGAAAAGUCCUUUGAAUAGUUUGAGAGCAAGUCAACAAGUUGAGUUAAGUUCUUGGUGAUCAAUCAUCAAAUUCUACAUCAUGGUGGAAGAUUAUGGUGCUGCUGCUGCAUCAUUUGAUGCUAGUUCAACAGAAGAAUGGUUGCUUCAUGCACAAAAGCUUGUUCCUGCAGCAAUGUCUAAGGCAAAAGAGGUUAAAGUUUUCCCAGUCAAGUGGAAGAUGAUUAUCUCGAAAUUGGAGCAGAUUCCGUCGCGUUUAUCGGACUUGUCGAGCCACCCUUGCUUCUCCAAGAAUGCUCUCUGCAAGGAGCAAUUGCAGUCAGUUUCCAAGUCACUCGAAGAAGCUAUCGAAUUGGCCGAGCUCUGUUUGAAGGAGAAGUAUGAAGGUAAGCUUCGGAUGCAGAGUGAUCUCGACGCUUUAGCUGGGAAACUCGAUUUAAAUCUGAAAGAUUGCAGCUUACUGAUCAAAACCGGUGUGCUAGGAGAGGCUACUCUGCCUUUGAUGGUGUCUGGUUCUGUUCAAGACUCUGAUGUUGAUUUUGCAUCCAUUAAGGAAUUACUUGCAAGGCUUCAGAUAGGUAACUUGGAAGCCAAGCAAAGAGCAUUGGAGAAGCUCUAUGAUGUGAUGAAAGAAGAUGAGAAGAAUGUUUUGGCUGUUCUUGGGAGAAGCAAUGUUGCUGCAUUAGUUCAAUUGCUUACAGCAACAUCUCCAAGGAUUAGGGAAAAGGCUGCUACUGUGAUAUGUAUUCUUGUGGAAUCCGGUAGUUGCGAAAAUUGGCUAGUUUCUGAAGGAGUUCUGCCACCUCUAAUUCGGCUCGUUGAAUCCGGUAGUGCUGCAGGGAAAGAGAAGGCCACGGUUUCUCUUCAGAGGCUGUCAAUGUCGGCUGAAACCACCCGUGCAAUUGUUGGACACGGUGCUGUUCGGCCGUUAAUUGAGGUUUGCCAAACAGGGGACUCUGUUUCUCAGGCUGCAGCCGGUUGUGCUUUGAAGAAUGCGUCGUCCGUGCCGGAUGUGAGGCAGGUUUUGGCUGAAGAAGGCAUUGUGAAAGUGAUGAUUGAGCUUCUUUGCUCUGGAAUUUUGUUGGGAACGAAAGAGUAUGCGGCCGAGUGCUUGCAGAAUCUAACAGCGAGCAACGAGAAUCUAAGAAGAUCUGUCAUAGCAGAAGGUGGUUUCAGCAGUCUCCUGGCCUAUCUUGAUGGCCCUCUUCCUCAAGAAUCUGCGGUCGCAGCCCUGAGGAAUUUGGUUGGUUCUGUUUCUGAGGAUGUUCUGGAUUCCCUCGGCUUGCUUCCUCGAUUGGUUCACGUGCUUAAGUCGGGUUCCUUGGGAGCCAAGCAAGCCGCAGCCUCUGUCAUUUGCCGGAUUUGUGGCCCAGUUGAGAUGAAAAAAAUGAUCGGCGAAGCCGGCUGCAUACCUCUUCUGAUCAAUUUGCUUGAGGCUAAAGCAAAUAGUGCUAGAGAAGCUGCAUCACAAGCAAUUUCGAGCUUGAUGGUGCUGUCUGCGAAUCGAAGAGAGGUUAAGAAGGAUGAUAAGAUUGUGGUGCCAAGUUUGGUUCAGUUGCUUGAUCCAAAUCCACAGAACACUGCAAAGAAAUAUGCAGUUUCAUGCCUUGCAUCACUGUCUUCUUGCAAGAAAUGUAAGAAGCUUAUGAUUUCUUAUGGAGCAAUAGGGUAUCUCAAGAAGCUUAGUGAGAUGGAGAUUCCUGGAUCUAAGAAGCUUCUAGAGAGAUUGGAAAGAGGAAAACUCAGAAGCUUGUUUAGCAGAAAAUAAGACUAAACAUUAUUAUUAUUAUUAUUGCAACUUUUAUUUCUUUGUUUUUGUUAAUUUUUGUUUCAUUGUCUGUAUGAAACAAGUGGGAGGUUAGGAAGUGUAAUGUAAUCAAUGUUUUAGAUUUUAUUGUAUUUAAUGUUUCUGCCUUUUUGUACACUCUUUUCCUCUCU